AUUCUUAAUGUGUAUGUAUUAUGUAAAUGUUUUUUCAUUCUUUUUGCAGCCCAAAAAUGUUCAGCUUUUUCCGGCGCACGCUGGGCCGCCGGUCCAUGCGCCGGCAUGCUGACAAGGAACGUUUGCGUGACGCUCAGAGGGCAACUACCCACAUCCCUGCAGCUGGAGACGCAAAGUCGAUUAUCACUUGCCGAGUUUCACUGCUUGAUGGGAGUGAUGUCAGUGUGGAUCUGCCAGUAAGUGUUCUCACUGAUCUUACAAUAGACGCCAGGUGUGUAGUGUCCGAAAUCAGGCACAUUAUUUACUAUACGUCAUGCAGAUUAUUCUAAAUAUUUUGCAGACCCCUUAUAAGAAUGUGCAUAGACUGUGGGAAUGAGAUCUAGUUACCCUGUUAUUUUCAACCUUUGUUUUAUUAUAUAUAUUUUUUUAUAUAUUCCUGUAAAUUCCACAGGUUAAAUAGAUUCCUUGAUUCCUUUUUGCCAAUGCAAAUCUGCUGCAUCUCCUGGAUUUAUCAGCCGAUUCCAGCCAGCCCAGGACUCGCACUGAGAGUGUGAUAGUUUUAUGGAAUGUCAUUUCUGAAAAGCCAUGAGUAUCUGAUAGCCACUGCUACUGCAUAUGCUCUCUUGGAUAAAUCAAUUAAUAAUUCCUGUGUUUAAAAAUAAAUAAUGAGAAAUUGCAUGUCUUUUUUUAUUUUUUAUUUAUUUACAAACAUUUUUAUUUUAGUUGCAGAUUGAUGAAUUCUAGCCGAGUCUCGUCAUUGCAUUUUGUGCUUGGCACUUAAGACGCAAUAUAAAAUCUGAAUAGCAAUAAUUGUUUUGUGCAGUGCCAGGCUGCCCCAUAAUCAGUAUUCGUUUAUUUAUAAUGUGCAAGUUACAAAGGGCAGACGAGUUCCCAGAAAUGUGCUGUGCCUGGCAUAUUGCCCUAUAAAAACCAAUUAUCCGAACAGAUUUAUAAGCCACCAGCUGAUUCCAUCAAAAUGUUAUGGAAAAGGUCAAGAUAGCGAAACUUUGUACACAGUCGUAUUUAACUUUCAGUAUUCACCAGUGUGGCUCUUACCGUAGUCUCAGGAGCCACUGCAGGGACAGUGAAUGUAGAUCUCAUUCCUGGGCCACGUUUAUCCAUUAAUGACACAUUUACUGGGUUAUUUACAAAAGCGAGAAUUCCAAGUGAAUUUCAAAUUCAAGGAAAAAUAGCCAAACUGGAAAAACUGUCCGCUAUGCUUUGAUUUUGGCUACGCUAGCCUUUAAAUGACACUAUAGUCACCAGUUUAAUGUAGUUGUUCUAGUGUCUAUAGCCAGUUCCUGCAGUGGUAGCACUAUAAAUACUGGCAGUGUUUACAUUGCUCCCAAGGGACACCUCAAGUGGCAGUCAUUCAGAUGGCCACUAGAGGUGCUUCCUGGGUCAGUGCUGCACGUUCAGCGUCUCCACACUCUCCCCAUAGAGAUGCAUUGAUUGAGGAGAUGCUGAUGUAAGGUAGCAUUUGGCUCCAUUCCUGUCCUGCCUUCUUGGCUGAGAUAAUCAGAAUUGACAAUCUCAGCCAAUCCAAUGCUUUCCUAUGGGAUGAUGUCAUGCCAAGGAGUUGGAUAAAGGCGGGGCCAGUGCUAGCGGACCCGUGCUGCAUUGGAAAUAAGGUGAUAGAUAUAUAAUAUAUAUUUAAACAAACAUUCUUACUGUGUUGAAGUAGGGCAGGUGUCUAAAUGGUGUUUUUUAACACUAUACAGUCAGGAAUACACAUUUGCGUUCCUGACCCUAUAUUGUCCCUUUAACACCCAGAUUAAAAAAAGAAAAAGUGCUGCACGUCUUAUAUUAAUUUGUAAUUAUAUAGCUUAUUUAAUUAACCAAAUAAGAACAGGUAGAGGCAACCCUCCCCCACUUUAUUUAUUUAUUUAUUUAUUUAUAUUGGUGUGUGUAUAAAUAUUAGCCUGUGGUUAAAAGGGUGGGGAGCCAUUAAAUAAUUUCCUUUAUCCAUGCAAAUGAGCAUUUUUGUAAGAAGUUGUGCUUCUUCCCUGCACCUUUGGGAAAAGUUCCCUUUGAGUGCAAUUCAGCACACAGUGUCUGGAGUUAUUGCACAUACUGUGUGACAGCCAGUCAUCCAUGUGAUGGUUGGUUAAUAUAUAAUCAGCAGGGUUUAUGUAAAUAAAGUUGCAAAAGAGACGCAGGCAGGGCUGCAAGAGAUUUGGGAAGGAGACACUGGAUUCUUCCUACAUAUAUCAGUGUCCCCUCUAAUGACAUCUUGGGGUAGACCCAGUUAAAGAUUCACUGGGUUGGGCUGUUCGUAUUGGCCCGGUAGGCUUGCAAUCAUAGUGCAUUUCACUGUUAUGUCUCCUGAUAAUCUAUUUAUAAUCUUAGCAUUUUUUUACUACAAACAUGAAAAUACUUUGCAGUUUUUUGUUUUAUUUUCUGUUUGUUUUGUUUUUUCCCACUGGUUGAUCUUUGUGUAUUGUAUGUACAGAAAAUCCUUUCGUCUCACUCACUGGGUUUGUAGAUAAUCUGAAUUCUUUAUUAGAAACAUUUAUUUGUGUCUAACAAUCCAGGGUCCUUGAAUGAAAUGUUACAAAUACAGGAAAUAAAUAAAUAAAUAAAAACCAUUGACAGUCCUUCCAGUUCUGCAGUCUCUUUCAGGGAGAGCGUUUAGUUCACAUCGUGAGCGUACAGAUUAAAGGUGUCCACUAAUGAAGAGUUAAAGGGAGAAUCUUCCUCUGUAACAAUGUAUCUCCUGCUAAAUCCCUUCAUUCUUUCAUUGCCUGCAGGAGGGGGUGGGGAUAGUCCAUUUUAUCUGCUGAGCCAAGACCAGCAGUCUUUAUUUUCAGGGCUCUCUGUGUAAUAGAAACUCAUUGUGUGUGUUUUAUUGGACGGUUUGUAAAGCUCCAAAUUCAAAAUCCUCCCAAUUUGUAGUGAAGAAAUUUUUUGUUGUUUUUUUUUUCCUUUUGGUGAGGGCGUUCCUAUUUUAAAAGGAUUUUGGAUUUGUGGAUCAGAAGUCCCAGUUGAUUUAAUCUUGAACGUAAUUUCUUGUAAUGGAGAAAGAAGAAGUUAUAAAUAUUUAUAUUUUUUAACAUGAAGAUAAUUUUAAAAUGACAACUAACAUGCGCAUGUCUAAGUGAAAUUGUGAGAUUUGUUGGGGCCAUCAGGUACAUAUAAUGGGUUCUGGACUCGAUUAGUUACCCUGCACACCAAGCGUAUUACUUAUUGGCUAUUGGCUGUGUGACUCUAGAGGGACCAGACUUUAAACCUAGACAGUCACACAGAUCACACUCUGCUCCAACCGUUCCAACUCCAUUAAAACUCAAUAUUUCACAAAGCUAAAACCGUCUCAAUUAGGGCAAGGGGCACAAAAACAGAAGGUAAAACCCUAGAUAAAUAAAGCCUGUUGGUUUUUAUCAGAGCAUUCAGUCUUUUCUCAACCAUAGCACAUGACAGUGAAUUUGUUCUGUGUGUUUCUUUCUUUUAUAUCACAUUUUGUUUCCCCCUUAUCUGAGAGGUAUGCAUCCUUCACAUAAAUCUAAUUUGUUAGCAGAAAUCAGAGCAGGGGCUUCUGGGACAUGUAGUUCAGUUAUCAGUUUUACUUAUGAAAAGUGUCAGGAAGGAGGGAUAGCAAUGGUGCUGUGACAUCACUACGCAGCUACCGUAACUGGCACGAAUGACGGGGGUUUCAAAUGGAGGAAGUGAGAUGACAAAGAAUGAUGCGUUAACCCCACCCCCCCAAAAAAAAAAAAAACUGUACAAAACUGGCAGUACAAAAAAAUACAGCUAAUUAUUUGAGCCUAAAUCUAGAAAAUGCGUAGUAUGAUGUUGGUACCUGGUAUGUCCCUUUCAAGAAAGUUAAUUUUAUUUAUUUUUCCAUUUUUUAAAAUAUUUUUUUUUUGCGAGGGAUAUCAAAUGUGAUCAUUAUUUCCCUUCUAAAUCUCCCAGAGAUGUUUCUCGGCACAGACUGAUUUGUGUACACAGUGACAAACUGAUUGUUGUGUAUUUCAGUCAUUUCAGUUCCUUCUGCCAUUUAAUUAGAUUUGGGAGAUUUAGUGCAUUCUUCUAAGUUAUUAUUAUUUUUUUUUUUACUGUUACUCCCUAUGUUUCCAUUUACCUCUCGCUGUUCUGUACGCACUUCCUCUGGCUAGCACUCUACAUGUGACUGACUGCGGCAAAUUGCGUGAAUACACCGUUACCUGGUGGCCUUUUAUAUACUUUGAUUAACCUUUCCAAUCCGUGUUAAUAACUGGAAAUAUCAUCUCCAGGGUGGAAGGAGGGGCCAUUGACCUUUACAAACACUGUAUUUCUUUACCAAUUCUAUUUUGUUUGUAUACAUUAAAAUUCAAGGCUAAAGCCCGAACCUCAUUUUAGCCAUCUAUUUUCUGCGUUCUCCUUUGGGGGGAGUGAGGUUAGAUUAAAAUAAGGGGGGAAAGAAUGCAUGUAAUUGCAGAACUCUACAUUGCUAGCUUGCUGAUUUUAGGGGGAACAGUGCACAGCAUUUUACAUUUAAUUUCCCUCCUUUUAAUAGUUUAAUUCACUGGAUUUUACUCUAUAAUAGUUACAUUGAAGCAUUUUUUUCAGUUUAUCUGGUUUUAUCAGCUCAGCUAUUUUGUCUUCCGUUGCACACUUCCCAAUUUAGUGAACGAACCUCCUUUUUGUCCUUAUAUUGCACACAUUUGCCCCUACACAUGACGGUACGCAGCUCCCUGACAACGUGGCCCUUUGUGAACAGAUAGGUUUAUGUGGUUCUUGGUGUCUGGAAUUUCGUGGGAAUUUUUUUUUUUGUUACAUCGUAAAGUUUCCCCUUGUCGUCGUUCAAGCUUGCCAUCGUUACGUGAGAUAUAAAUCCUUAGAUUGUUCACCUAUUAAGGCUAAAAGGUUUAUUAAUGAAUGUUCUCUAUAAGCGGCCAUAUCUUCCCAGUACAGGUCAGACAUUGUGGCUCACAGACUUCAGCCAGGAAAUGGAAUUUAUCACUAUUUACAAAUCUGGGAAUUGUGAAGAAUGAGACAAAGCAUUUCCACUUUUAGAUCAAAAUCACGAAAUUAGAAAACCAGUGGUUGGACACAUUUUCCAGUUCCUAUAUUUAGUGGAAAGGUAGGAUUUCCCCGCUCCAUUCUGUACAAUUAGUGGUUCACAGAAUAAGCUCCAAAUAGAAUCGUCUCUUUCGCUCUCUGUGUUUUUUGAAAUAUUAUUUAAAAUCACACUAGGACUGCGCUCACAGUGUAACAAUCUUCCAAUCCUGUUAAGUCCGUGUUAAAGUGGCUCUAUGACUGCUUGCAUUGUGAUGGCCCCGGGGUGCAAGGGAAGGUACGUUCCAUCGCAGGUGCCAGCGUGUCCACCUGGUUGAUCAUCUUCAGCCCCUAGCAGCUCAUCGGUCUGGAGCCAAUAUCAAUGCCGUUCUCUCAGCUAGGCAAGAGCACAAAACUGAUAUGUAUGGAGGAUCCUGCGAGGUCCACCCCCCACCCCUCCACCAAUAGACUGGGGACUUGACAAAGAUUCUUUUGUCAGGUGUAGGAAAAAUGCACAAGGUAAAGUAGUCCCAAAUUGGUAAAUUCUCACUGAGUUGGAAUGUCAGUAAUUCCAAUACAAGUCAAUGGUAGUAUUUCAUAGCGAUUUUAUCUGGUGGUUUGCAGGGGAUCAGUGCCGAUACUUUGCCACAUCAGACCCCUCACCUCCUCUUCCUUUGGUCACUUCAGAUUUGUUGCUGCGAAUGGUUUAACCCUCUGAAUAUCUCUACGGAAUAAGCUGCUGGUGUUUUUAGGUGAUAACAAUACCCUCUGCGCACAUCUACAGUUUGUCAUGCUUCCCUGCGUGACCUUGUGUAUUUGCAGUGUCAUGGCACAUUAUGUUAUUCCAACAUUUUUUAUUUUCUCGUAUCAAUGUUACCCAUAAGUAAGAUAGUUCUGACUAUUGCGUAAAACAUAGUAAGUUGGAUAUUGUAGUUCUCACAUUGUUCAUUGACUUUCUUUAUGGAUAAUCUGGCAUGUUUGUAACAGGAUGCCAAAACAUCUUUUUAAUGCAAAUAGACAUUAAGUUUGGGGUUUGUUUACAGGGUGAUAAAUGGCUGUAUUUUAGAUAUUAGCAUGCCUCCCUCUAGAAUGUCUGUUCUUGUUGAAAUUUGAUGAAAGUGUCAGGUGUGAUAGAGCUUUACUAAGACAGCAGAUCUAAUGUAAGCAGUGGAUGGUUUAAUGUUGGCCUUUAUCCUUUUGAUACACAGCUGGUUGCAUUCCUUAGAGAUCCCUUAUCGAGGUGAAGUACCCUACAAGACUUGGCAAUGAACUCUCCUGUUUGCUUAGAUCUGCGCUUCACCCCAGAGAAAUUAAAAUAUUUUUCUGCAGAGGACAUGCGUUCCCAGAAUCCUCUGUGCUCUUGGAAAAGCUGCUCAGACCCCAGUAAAUGGAGAUGGGCUGAUUUCUGUGAUUUUUGGCUGCCCUGAAAAGCCUCUUUGUUGGGCUAAUGAGCACUGCCCUGAAACAGACAUUGUUCUGCAGAGAGUGAAGACUGAGAGUGCAGAUUGCUGCAGGAAUUCAUCUCUCCCAUCCAAGCACAAUUGACCAAGAUAAAUAUUUACCCAGCUCUAAUGCUUGGAAUGGGGGAUGGGGAGUGGUAUCUCGCUGCCUGCCGCAUGUGACCACUUAACAUUGGGACUUUAGUCCUCUGUGUCCGCCAUCUAGUUAUCUUAAAACAGGAAUUAACCUUGCUCAACUGUUUCCAUAGAUAUUUAUAAUUCUUUAACGUAUAAAAUGUGUUCAACAUCAUAUUUACAUUUUAUUAUAUACAAAACAUAUUAGCAGCAUUUAUAUUGCGCCUACCUAUUCUGCAGCGCUUGACAAUAUUAUAAAUGGGGAUAUUUAAGAAAUAGACAAUUACAAAAUGUUACAGGAACAAUAGGUGGCUGAGGACCCUGCCCAGAAAAUCUUAUACAAUAUUACACAUUUGAAAUCGUAUCGUUGCCCAAAUCCAAAUAUCUUUUCACAAUCAAAUACAGAAUAUUAUCCCUGAGUGGGUUACAGCUGGCACUGUGCGGGAGCCGUUGUAUAUGGGGGCAGGUAAUAUUUUUCCUGCCUACGGUUUGUUAGUGUAUAGGGCCAAUGAAAAUCUCCCAUGCCUAGACUGCAUUGAUAUAACUGGCCAAUCAAAAUCCCCGCCUAGAUUUGAUUGGUAUGUGAGUUGAUGAACCCAAACCCCCCCCCAACACAAACACACACACUCCCUCAGGUAACUGAUAUAUGGGGUAAACAAAUCACACACAGCUACUUCUUACUUAUAAUUAUUUUUGGCAUUUAUAGAGUCCCAACUUAUUCCCCAGUACUUUACAAUAUUAUAAAAAGGGGAGAAAUUGAACUAUAAGAGACCAUUACAAAAUGUUACAGGAACUACUAGGGCCCUACCCAAACAAACUUACGGUUUAGAGAACUCGCUAUUAACAUGAUACUUUUUGAUGGCCGGAGAGAUUAAAAUUGCUAAUGUAUCCGCGUGAAGUAAAUGUCACAAUGCUUCAACGUGCCACAUAAUACUCAAUGCAUGGUUAAUUUACUAAACCGUGAAUUGAAAAUCAGACUUUAAAAUAGCCAUGCUGUGACAGUAACGGAGUUAGAUCAGCUAUCUUAACAUACAUUUGACCUCUUUUAUUUUAAUUAAUUUUUUUUAAUUUCAGCUCACUGUUCAGUGAAUAAACCCUAAAAUAAUUGCAGUAGGUACAGUUGUUAAAGUAUGAUUACACCAAACAGUGAUCAUUGGAUACAAACUGGCGCACCUAGGUAAUGGGCGGAUAAAUGUUUUAUAGCAUUUUCACAAACUAAUAACAUUAUUCAGUAAAUCACAGGCUGUGGGACAAAAAGUCUGAAGGAAAAAAAACCUAAAUCUCUUUGUUCGUUUCCUUAUUUUAUUCUGUAGUUCACAAUUUAGUAAAUAUAUUCCAUAGACUGUCAAUGGCUUGGUUGAUGUGAAUGCCGGAUAUAAACCUGUUGAUUUUUUUAUUUAUUUUUUUUUUUCAGAAAAAGGCGAAAGGGCAGGAGCUGUUUGAUCAGAUCAUGUACCACUUGGACCUGAUCGAGAAGGAUUACUUCGGCCUGCAGUUCAUGGAUUCCGCGCAAGUGCCUGUAAGUCGUGGGGGAUUCCACACCUCAUCACUGCCAUUGCAUCCACCCACUAUAACUAGAUCUGAUGCUUGUUGGUUUAUGUGUACUUUAACCCCUUAAGGACCACUUACAUUGCUUCCUGCCACCCAUUAAGAAACUUGUGCCAAAGCAUGGAUUGUCCUGGCAGUGGCAGAACUUAACAAAGUAUAUUCCCCCUUUAUAGCUGCUAUGCCAGCCUGUUUGUCAUGUCUGUGCCAGGGUCCCGUCUCACAGCAGAAGCAGGGGGAGAGGGGCCACAUGUGGAAGGUGAAGGCUGUUUGGGGAGGGGGAGCUGUCACUGAGAAGUUAGAGCUGUGUUUUUUCCUUCAUCCCAGAGUCUGUUUUCUUUCAUUCUCCUCCACAUUCCAGACUGGAGGCUGAGCGGUCUCCGAGCCAGGCACAGCUAGUUCCUCACCCACCCUUGCCCCAUCAGCCUCUGUCUGCGGAGAACGAAGGAAUCUUAAUACUGGAUCAUAUGUCUCUCUGACAUGUCUGCCUCUAUUUAUCAGUCACUGCAUGCAAAGGGUUACUCCAAGAUGUUUGAAAUAAAUAAAUAUUGUUUUAAAAGGCCCACAGCUUGCCUUGUGUGCAGGAUUUAAUAUAUCUGUCAUGUUAGUGAGAAAGUUAUACAGCUGUACAUUAAUAUUGGAUUUAACCAGCCCUUUAAGAGUUAAAGAGACUUUGUCCGUAAUAACAGGACAAUCCUGUUAAUUCAGUAUUAAUGUUACCAAUGCCCUGUACUAGCCAAUGUAUAGGCAAGAAGAGAAUUAGAAAUCCCUCUGUAUUAAUUCAUACUGUUAUAGCGGUCUGUACAUUUUCUGUGAAUAUAUUCGUCACAAGGCACUGUUGCAAAGGAUUCUGGGGCAGAUUGCAAAGCAUGCUGGGUCAGGUGCAUAUGGAAUUUGCAUGCGAACGGAGUCCGAAAUGGAAUUGAAACAAAUUUUAGAUCAUUUGCAUUGAACUCGGCAGGAACUUGGCCGGAACUUGGCCGCCUGCUGAUACUGCUGAGUUCUCGUUAGUGAAAACCCAAGAUGAUUGCCUUUAUUACUGACUGCUUGUCAUUUAGAAAGGUUUCAAAUCUCCUAAAUCAAGAACGAAGUUAAAAGAUUACUUGUUUCCCCUCUGCAUUCUUAAUAUUUAAUGGUUUCUUUGAGAGAAACCUGCGUAGAAAACAAAUCUACUUUGUAACAUCAGGUGAAGGUUAAUUCGUUUGCUGCAAGUGGUAUGGUUCUCUUUUCGUGCACAUUGGCCCUUAGUGAAACUCAUGUUUGUAAAUGUUAACUGUUGCUUUCUGGUUUUGAGCUCUGUGAUAUUAAAUAGCAUGUACGCACACGUUUUGCAGGCAGCUGUCUGCUUUAGUAGCAAUAGUAACAAUUUCAAUUAUUUGUGGUUCUGCCGUAAUAGACGAUUAUUUAAGAAUACAGCUCAGCUAGAACUAUGCUGCCUGGCAGUGAAAUUACUGUACGGUAUACACCACUGAAUAUUGAACACUAGUGCAUGUUCUGUGAGGCUGUGCUUGUAUUAGAACGUAAUAACAUGAUGGUAUUUUGCAUACAGGUGGCAAUCCCCAGAAGAUAUGCCAAAUGUAAAAUUCCGAUUUUAGCUAAUACUUAGCCUCUUUUUAAAUAACAUUUACAUCUCUGUUUUAGCAUUGGUUGGAUCACACCAAGAGCAUCAAAAAACAAGUAAAAAGUAAGUUGUUUUUUUUUUUGGUCAAGAAUUACUCCUGACCGUUGUGCAUGUCUGAUCUGCAACUACAGGAAACGUUUGGUUGAAGUUAUUGCUGCCAAAGGAGGUUCAACCAGUUAUUAAAUCCAAGGGUUCACAUACUUUUUCCACCUGCACUGUGAAUGUUUACAUGGUGUGUUCAAUAAAAACAUGGCAACAUUUCAUUCUUUGUGUGUUAUUAGCUUAAGCAGACUGUGAUUGUCUAUUGUUGUGACUUAGAUGAUGAUCAGAUCACAUUUUAUGACCAAUUUGUGCAGAAAUCCAUAUCAUUCCAAAGGGUUCACAUACUUUUUUCUUGCAACUGUAAAUACAUUAUAAUAGCUCUCUAUCUAUUCCAGUAAACAAGCAGCUGUAGUGAUGUUUCCCGUAGUCUUUAGUAAAUCUCCCUCAUUUUCAUGGCGGCACCUCUUGCUCUAGUUAAUGUGUGUAUGUGAAAAUUUUCAUUAAGUUGCACAGUCAUCAGAUGCUGCUGGUGACUGUUUUGCUGCUAGAAUUGUAUAUAUUUUGGCUGCAAAAUACAUUGGCUUCUCUUGGCAGAUUUAGAUGAUAAUCGGCUCCUUGGGCAAUCUCUGGAAUGGUUAAAUUAAGAGGAUCUGUGCGCAUACAGACAGCGACCGUGCUGUGACAAGUCUGCCCAGUGUGCGUCUCUGAAACAUUGAACUUGACAUAAUCCCUUGCUCCAUAUGGUCUCCUGGCCAAGUAGAAACUCUAGAAGCUGUGCUGGAUCAAGGUUUAUCACAAUGAGUGUCCUUGCGGGGGACAGUGUGAUGGCAUCCAGUAAUUGCUCUAAUUGGGGUGCUGCACAGAGACACAGAGUGAAGGACAGGGAGCAGUGUCUGCAAAAAAUAUAUCACACCAUUCCUCACGUGAGAUUAGCAAGAAUGGUAUGUGAGCCAUACGUACCAUCAACUAAAAAUGGAUGCUAAAAUAACAGACUGCAAAAUUGGUUGGUUAGCGAUAAGAAAUAAAAUCAAAUCACACAAACCACCAUUUUUUAAAUUUAGAAGUUUAAUUCACUCCCGUAAUAACUUUUUUUAUUCCAUCUGGAUUAUCUUCAAUGAAAAACGUAAUUUUGAAGUUGUUUUUCAGCUAUAAAAUAUAUAUAUAUAUAUAUAUAUAUAUAUAUUCUAGAUUUCUACAUGAGCUCUGACGUUUUCUCACAGCGAUGAUUCGCACCUUGUCUGGGGCCAUGUCUUCCACCAGUCUCUGGGUCCCACGCAGCGUUAUGCCAUUUCUGGACAAAUGCAUGUUUUGAUUUUAUUAAACACAAUUUGUAUUUACAAUUUGAAUUUUUUUUCUUGUUUUCAAGGUAAAUGCCUAACUUUAAUUAUUAACUAAAAAUUUCCCUUUGACUUGCAGUUGGAUCCCCUUAUUGCCUUCACCUCAGAGUAAAAUUCUACUCCUCCGAACCCAAUAACCUUCGGGAAGAACUCACCCGGUAAGUGUACAGCGCUACUACAACUGCAGCUUCUCAGUGACCAUAAUAGUGCUUCCCAGAAUCCACCUGCUUAUCUGUGGGUAGCAUAGGCGUGCGCAGCCUAUUGCAUUAGGGUGUGCACCCUAAAGCACAAACACACGCCACGCACGUGUGUGUGUGUGUGUGUGUGUGUGUGUGUGUGUGUGUGUAUAUAUAUAUAUAUAUAUAUAUAUAUAUAUAUAUAUAUAUAUAUAUAUAUAUAUAUAUAUAUAUAUAUGUAUAUAUGUAUAUAUAUAUAUAUAUAUAAAAACACACACUGCUGUGUGUGCUGUUAGUGUGAUGUGAGGGUGCGUGUUUGUGACUGUGCUGUUUGUGUGUGAGGGUGUUUGUGUGUGUAUGUUUGUCCUGUGAGGGUGCUGUUUGUGAGGGUGCUGUUAGUGUGCUGUGUGUGAGGGUGUUGUGUUUUUUUUAAAGGUGCUGUGUGUGUUUGUGAGGGUGCGGUUAGUGUACUGUGUGUGUGUGAGCUGUAUGUGUGUAGGUGCUGUAUGUGUGUGUGCUGUAUGUUUGGAGGGAUUUGGCAGAUUAGUAAAUCCUUGCUGCCAUGUGCCAUCCCUGGUGGUCCAGUGGAGAGUGAACUCUAGCCUGCGGGGCUAGAGUUAACUCUCGCGAGAUCUGAGCGUUGCCGCAGCAACGCUCAGAUAUCGCGAGAGGAACCUGGCGGAGCUUCUGUCUAGAGCUCCCUGGGUCCUCUACUGCCUCCCUCCAUGCUGCUGUGGGCCGGUGAGGUAGAUCUUUGGUCUCCCCGCCGGCCCAUGAAGGCUUAGAGCAGAGCCGGCACUCAGAUAGUGCCGGCUCUGCGUGUGUGUGUGUGUGUGUCUGUAUAUAUAUAUAUAUAUAUGUAUGUAUGUAUGUAUGUGUGUAUAUAUAUAUAUAUAUAUAUAUAUAUAUAUAUAUAUAUAUAUAUAUAUAUAUAUAUAUAUAUAUAUAUAUAUAUAUAAUGUGUGUAUGUAUGUAUGUGUAUAUAUAUAUAUAUAUAUAUAUACAGACACACACACAUACUCACAGACUCACACACACACAUACUCACACACACAAAUUAUUAUAUUUUAAUUUUAAAAAACAAUGUCCACCCAGCCUCCUACCUGGAGUGCUGGCGUGGACUUGUCCCUGGGGUCCAGUGGGGCGGGCGCCUCUGUGCAGCGCGGGCUGUCUGCUGGAGCUGGGAGCCGGAAUAUGAAGUCAUAUUCUGGCUUCCGGCAUCAGCGCGCGGCGAGAGGGAGCAGAGCGCAGACAGCAGAGAGCUCCCUCGCCGCGCGCUGAGCUGCAGAGAGGGGGUGCGGAUCCAUCACCUCUUGCCCUCCCCAUGACAGGGGCAAGAGGUGAAACAGGGGGCACUGAGUGCCUGCAGGAACAGCGUUCCUGCUCAAAAAAAGUGCAGGAACGCUGUUCCUGCAGGACUCAAACCAUAGGCGUGCCACGGGGAUUAGGGUGUGCACAGGCACACCCGGCACACCCCGUGCGCACGCCUAUGGUGGGUAGUACAUUCUGUUGCCCGUUGCUGUCUCACUACAGAGAUCCUCUUCAGGAGGCGUAACACUUCUUUAGUGUUUAGCGCUCCCUUUGCUAACUAUUCAAAACUGCUUUACAACAUUACACUUAGUGAACUUUCAAAAAUAUACGAUUGCAAUUAAAAUCGUUGUACAUUGUAACUUUUUUUUUUUAAUGUACAUAUAGAAAAGCUUAGUGAAAAUACUGCUGAUUGUCCAUUCUCAGCCUGUAUCUGCCAGUGGAAUCCUAACUUUUUUGAGUUUAUCACUGCAAAUAAAUGAUAAUAGACUUGUUAAUUUAGGGCAGAGGGGAUCAACUGGAUUCCACUGUACAACCUGUCCUCUUAGACUAUUGUGAAGUUACUGUGGGUUUUUUUUGUUUUGUUUUUGUUUUUUAACCUGAAUUAUAUCAUUUUAUUGUAGUUUUUAUUUCUACUUGUCUCAUUUAAUUUCUCUUUUAUGAAAUGCUUUUUAUUUACCUAUAUCCUAUGUGUGCUGUCAUUGCUUCCGUAGGAAAUCACUCUUUCUUUGCAUGUUCCAUUUCUGCAGGAAAUGUUACAUUUGUAGCAAUAUUUUGUGUCCUCUGCUUUUGAACUCACAAGUAAUGUUUUCAUAAAAUAAAACCUCUGAAUCCAGCAAAAUUUACUUAAAAAGAUUCUACUUAAAAGAACACUAUAGUGUCAGGAAUUCAGACGUGUAUUCUUGACACAACAGUGUUAAAAAUGCAGUUUCUAACGGUUUCUGUACAUCUAAUGUUAACCUUGUACCUGCAAGUUUCUCUGUACUCUCAUGCACGAUAAAAUAAGGAAUUACAUUUAAAAAAAAAAAAUUUUUAAAUGCAAUUUCAUCCUCGAUACUCCUUGACACUCUUUAAAAAGCUAUUAAACUUGCCUUUAUUCUAGCGCUGUGUGAUACGUUGUGGUUGACUUUGCCUCCUCAUCACAGUUGACCUAUCUCAGCCAAUCCAAUUAUUUUCCAUAGGAAAGCAUUGGGAGUCUGUAGCGCACAUGUGGCAAAACUCCAAUCAGCAUUUCCUCAUAAAGUUGCAUUGAAUCAAUGCCUCAGUAUUGGGAAUGUUCAGCAUCUUCAUGCAGAGCGUGGAGAUGCUGGAUUUUACUCCUGGAGCACUGACCCAGGAAGCACCUCUAGUGGCUGUCUAACUGUGACAGUAAUGUAAACACUGCCCUUUCUCAGAAAUGACAGUGUUUAUAUAGUGUCCCUUUUUUAAAAUUUGUGAAAAAAACUGAUCUCUUACCAGUUACUGAAUGCACCAUUUCCAUCCUGAAUUAGAUUAAGUCUUGGUGUAAUGUAAUUACAGUAGCUGUUUAUACAUAUCUUGUUAAUAGUAAAAAGCUGUGGUACUAGCUGGGGGCAGCCUGGCCUCUCCUGACCUGGGUUUUAGUGAACUCUGUUGCUCUGUCUGUGGUUCAGAUAAUCAAUGACUGCUUGGCCUCAAUAUGCCUUAAAGCGAUAGUUACCCCCCUCACACUCUAGACUAGAGGAGAAGAUGUAGCUAAAGUAACCAGCACAGUGUUUCUUUAUUUUCCAACUUAAUUUGACUUAUGUAAAGUUUUGACAGUUGUCCUUCACACCCUUUGGUUCAAAAUAUGUUCAGACAGCAUCAGCAUUAGAUUUUCUGCGCCCGACCUGAUAUAACCUUCGCUGUGAUUACUGCAGCUUUCCGCUAAUCCUUGCGCAGUCAUUCUAGUAAUGGAGCUGGUAUCAUGGUUCACUGUAGAGAACUGAGAAAGGAAUUGCAAAAUUUGAGUCAGAGGAUCUGACUUGGUAGCAUGGAUAUAAACCAGAACCUUAUUUUUGGAAACUGUCUUGCUGACUAUGCAGCAAACUACAAAUAUGGCGUGAUUUUCUUACCUCCUAUCUACCUGUAAAAAAGAUUUUCCGAACUGCCUUAUGGUAUAUGCUCCAAUUUCUCAGACCGUGUUGUCACCCAUAGAUAGUCUGUUAAAAGAAUCCGUACGUGUCUCAAGCAGACAACGUUCUUAUACCACAGUAUUCUAAUAUCUUUCUAAUUCUUGUGUGCGACUCGUUGUAUAAUUCAAGAAGCGGUUUAGUUUUUAUUUUAUUUUUAUUUGUUGUUUUUCUCUCUAGCAUCGUUUUCCAGUUACACCAUGUUAAUAAGAAAAGUAGGGUAAAUCGCCAGCAUGCUUUGGAAGUUGCUGUGCUCUGAUCUUUUAGUACAACCUGCUUAUGAUUCUCGCAAAAGUUCGAAUUAUUAAUCUUCACAUCGUUUUAUAACAUUCUGUUCUUUUCUCCCACAGAUACCUCUUUGUUCUACAACUGAAACAAGACAUUCUGAGUGGAAAGUAAGAUGUGCUAAUAUUAUUUAUUCGCUACUAUUAGUGCAGGGACUGCAUAACCCAGCAUCCCUGCUCUACAGACUACAAUUCCCCACAUCAUGGGUGCUGUAGUCCUUAGAAGAUCCAUUAUAUAAAUUGUCACGUGGCUGCUCACUCUUGGGUCAUCUAUUUUAAUAGACCCUAUAGUUAGAAUUAACUACCCUGACAUCCAAUCCGAUGAACUUUUUGAAAUAAAACCGUAUUCCACUAUCACCACGUGGUUGUUUGAAAGAUUACAGAAUGAAACUUCUCUGCAGGGUCCCUGUAUAUCACUGUGCGAGUGUAUUCAGUCUGUUCUUGUUUCUGGGUUUAGUUGUUUAACAUGGAAGUAUCCAGUAAUAUAUGUAUCUAUUUUAUUUAAGGUUAGAAUGUCCGUUUGACACUGCGGUGCAGCUGGCAGCCUAUACUUUGCAAGGUAAGAGUUUACUCCAUGGUUAGUAAAUAGAGACACAGGAUCUGUCGCUGUCUCUGCAUGAAUACUGUAGCAGGCGCUGUCUGUACGUGGUUACCAUUGCAGUUGCUGUCUAUGAGGAGCUACCAUAGCGAUCGCUGUCUCUGCGCUUAGUGUAGCAGUCAAAAUGUCUGAAGUUAUUAUAUUUAAGGUAAAAAUGUAAGUGUUUUCCCCCGUAAACCUUAACAAAAUUACUCAGAUUUCUUGCUGCUGUGUUUAUAUAAGAUCCAAACACGCCAUGUGCUGCGUUUCACUAUCCGUGAUGCCAUUUAACAAGUUAAUAUCCUGUGCGUGCGACACUGCCGUCUGUGAGCUUUGUGGCACUGCUGUGUGUAUUAAUGAUCCUGCUUAUAUUGCAGUGUUUUCCUGCUGCUAGUGAAGGUUUGGUGAGCACCCUAUGAUGGGACAGUAAUGUUCGCCUCCAGCUGCUGCAAUGAUAAGGAGAUUGGAGCUAAGCUGGAUUUAGCAACUUGUUUCUACAUAUGGGGAGGAGGGGAUUCUCAUGGGGGCAGCCUGCCUGUCAUUCUGAGCCUGUUUUUCAGUUUGUCAUAAACAUGUGUAUCGGACUUUUAGAUCAUUACAGACAGACAACCGCAAGUAAAUCCUAAACAAAGUGUCCCAUUCCAUCCAAAAAUGUAUCUGUUUUGAAACUUUUUAAUAUAAAAAUUUCUGUUUAUUUUUUUUUUUUUUUGCAUAAUUAGUAUAUUUUGUUUUUACCCUCGUUGUAAUCCAGGUGAGCUUGGCGAUUACGACCCUGCAGAGCAUAUUCCAGAGCUGGUCUCUGAGUUCCGGUAUGUGCCGACGCAGACUGAAGAUAUGGAACUUGCAGUGUUUGAAAAGUGGAAAGAAUUCCGGUAACUUCCUGUCUCUUGCUUUCCCAACAUACGGCCACAUCUUCAAGAAUAAAAAGGGGGUGGUGGCUGUUGAUUGUGACUCUAUCCAGUUCUCCUGGGGUUACAAUCAGAAAGCAUGUUCCCUUGUGCAGGAUUCACAUUCACACACUUGUUCUGUUACAUUAUUGGGGUACCUAUCCCUCAUCUCCUCUCUUCCAAACGGUCUACUGCGUGUUACCCACUCACAUUACACGCAAUCAAAUAUGAGCAUAUACUGCAUUAAAAGAGCCUUGCCUGGCUACCGUGCAGCAUAGCUACAACCUUAUACAGCCUGGUGUGACUGUGUUCUCUGAUUAAUCUGAAUGCGACUGCUCCCGGGAGAGACGGCUAGAGUUUAUUCUGAUGUUUUUUAGUUAUACAUAUGAUGUGAAUGUUUAAAACUUGUCAAUUUGUAGCUGGUUCCUUACGUGUAUUAAAUUAAGAGAGACUGCAAUAUGCCCAAGGAUGACUCUGGCUGGAUAAGCUGCUGGUUCUAAUCAUCACUGGCAUUAAAAAGCCCCAACAUAUGCAGCAGCACUGUACAAUGUUCUAAUAAAUCAUGGUGAUUUUGUUCUCCCAGGGGACAGACUCCCGGAGAAGCCGAGACAAAUUAUUUGAACAAAGCGAAGUGGUUGGAGAUGUAUGGAGUGGACAUGCACAUUGUGAAGGUGAGUGAUAUUAACGCACAGGUAGAUUAUCCAACAGUUUUAGAACCAACACUAAUGAUGCUUAGUCAGCCUUUAGGAGGUCUGCCUGUUGGCCACCGCUGGUUUGUUGGUCCUCAGGCAACACCUUCAGAUUGCUGUGUGUAGAAUCAGUUUGUUUCGUUAUUGUAAACGCGCCAUUUCCAAGAUGGAGAUGUUACAACUGUGACCAUAUAUAGAACCAGAGCUCUUGGUAUAGAUCAAUCUGCAGAUCUUCAGCUGGGCUGUGCUUUUAGCCGGUCCAUCCUUCGCGGGGCGUGCCGUGGCUUUAGCCGGGUAGGACCUUAAGCAUGGUCCAUGAUAUCUCUCUGUCUGGCCUUCCUUCCAGCUGCACAGCCACGUGUGGUAUGAAUGUUGUGGUAUUGAGCUGUAUGAACAGAGUAUUUAAAGCGCAGCUGGGGGUUGCGCAUCUACAGCACAGAGCCACUUUUUUUAGGUUAGAUUCUAUUAAGCAAACAUGUCCGUUUACUUUUAUUUCUAGAUUUUAUGUAUUAUUUACCUAAAUUUUUUUAUUUAUUUUUUUAAUCAAUUUUUUUUUUUAAAUGGUACAAAAAAAAUGACCAAAAUCAACCGCACUUGCUCAUAUGUGUACAUCUGGUAAUUCCAGUGACUCUAGCCUUGACUGGUUGGAGUUAUGUUAUAUGAUGGUAAUGAGAAUGGAUUCCUGUCCAUGGAAUAAAACAGGAACAGGACUGGUGAUUGAUCCUUCCAGCUAAAGGCAGAAUAUCUCUCGUUAUAUCACUGCAGAUUUCGCCAAAGUCCUGGGUUCAGCUCUAAAGACUCCCAGUUACAGAAUGAUUUCCUGCUCCGAUUUUAAAAUAAGAAAGAGACAGGAUAUGUCCACAAUACACGUUUUAAAUUAAUUUACCAAUUCUGUAUUUUGCAGGAAGCAAGAAUAUUAUUUCCCCUUUUAUCGUCCUCUAUUAAAUGGCAUCGUAUUCUAGAGCGCUGUACAAUACAUGCUGUCUGGCCGUUCACUGUAAUGAUAAUUUUAUCAGCGUGUGCGUUUUAUAUCUUUUAAGUGUUGUUGGGUGGAAUGAAAGGUUGUCGGUAGUUUGACAUUGCAAUUUGCUGGUUACUGAAAUUCUUAACCCCUCAUUUAACUCUGAAAAUUCAGUGCUCAAAUCUUCUUCUUUUUUUCUGCAAACAGGCCAGAGAUGGGAACGAUUACCAGCUUGGGCUGACACCAACCGGUGUUCUGGUUUUUGAAGGUGAAACAAAGAUCGGAUUAUUUUUCUGGUAAGACCCAUUUAAAGACAAAUCAAAUUUAUUCACUAAAAUAGGAAAUAGUGGGUUAUUUCCCAGGUAUUUUUACAUUUUAUGACCCAUUUAUCCAAAUCGCAAACCACUGGGAACAGUUCCCGGUUUAGUAAAUUCCCCUGUGUGCCCUGCUAGACUCAGUCUGAUAAGAUCCGUUCACACACAGGGCUGCAAUGUGCUAUACAGUGUAACCUCUUCAGGACUUUCUACCAUAACCACAUACACAUUUUCAAUAGGUCAUCGUAUGUCUGUCUUUACUUUUUUGCUAAAUUACUGCAACUCUAAGUUGACCCCUUCCAGUUAUUUAUAUCACAGCGUAUGCCACAUACAGCAUCACGGUUCUUUUUACUGGCGCUACCAUCGCUUUCUGCGAGAGGCUGUGGAUAUAUUUACCAUUGCAGCUGGGUUAAUUCAGAAAAGAAGUCAUAAAAGAAAGUAACCUUAUUAUCUUGCUGAGUGGUUUUAUUCAUGCUGCACUGCUUAUUCAUUAAACACACACAGCCGACAUUUUAAUUUAUUUCAUACUUCUGUCUGUAUCGUCUCUUCUGAGUGCGCACCUAUCUUGCAAACUAUGGCGGCAAUUUCUAGAGAACUAAAUUGCAUCUGUUGGUAGUAAUAAUUCCACAUGUGGACAGCAGGGGGCAGUACAGCAUGCUGAGAGAGAACUUGAAACCUUUCAUGGUGUUUACAUCGUUUUAACUCGUUUCUUUGAAAUCCCAAUAUUUGUUUUAAACCUCGGCUCCCCUGUCACCUCUUCCCUUUGGAAUACCAGCUGGUGUAACAGUGUUGUCACUGAUGCCUAGCACUCUGGAAGGAAGGGGUCUGCUGAUAUAAUGUAUCACAAAAUAUGUCAUUCUGAGAGAGGUGGUAGCAACCUUUGUAAUAUGGAACUAGACAUGUAGUGAAGGGGUUAAUUCAAUGAAGAGCAAAUCAUUGAAAUUGUCUCCUAGCCAUUGCAGAUACACCCCAAAUUCACACGGGGCAGUUUUAAAUGUAGUAAGUAAAGUUAUUAAACAUACUUGUUACUUUUUAGACCCAUGUUUCCAGCAUUGUGGCCCGUGUAAACGUGUGGUCCUGCCAUGGACUUUCAUAUCUCUAAUCUAUUUCUUCAGGCCCAAAAUCACCAGGCUGGAUUUUAAGAAGAGCAAACUGACGCUGGUUGUAGUGGAAGAUGACGAACAGGUGAGUUAGCUACCAUCAACCAACAAUUGGAAAUUACAUUUAAGGACUUAAUAUAAGGAAUGUGUUUUAAAUAUCACUUUGAAGAAAGUGAAACACACAAAAUGUUGUAGACGCAGACUGUGGUGGGAGAAUAUAGUCUGUUUCUAAUAUUUUCACAACGUUGGUGAUUUUAGUGUGUCGGUGUGUACCUGACCCUGUUACCAGCCGUGUGUCUGCCGUGUACCGAGUUGUGCUACUUGAGUUCUUUGUGUCGGUGUGUACCUGACUAAAUUGUUCUUUUUUUUUUUUUUUUACUUCUAAAGGGGAAGGAGCAGGAACACACAUUUGUAUUUAAGAUGGAUCACCCUCGUGCAUGCAAGCACCUAUGGAAGUGCGCCAUAGAGCAUCACGCCUUUUUCCGUCUCCGUGGCCCAGUUCAUAAAAGCUCCAGUCGCUCUGGGUUUAUCCGGCUUGGAUCACGUUUUAGAUACAGGUCAGAAUUCUUUCCUCCAGCUGGCGCCCAAGGGCCAACUAGUUGUCUAAAUGAAGCAAAUGCAGCGGAAUAAAUGGGAAGGUGUCUGUUGUGGAUAGAAUGGCAGUGCUUUCUCAGUACACUGCUUAGAUUUGGCGAUAUUCAGAGCAUUAGCAGGCUAUCUAUGUUAAGCAGAGAUAUGUUAUAGUUUCAUUGGGUCCAUAAUUGUGCUGAUGUCUUUAUAUUUUUAUUUUAAGUGGGAAGACUGAAUAUCAAACCACAAAGUCCAGUAAACCGCGACGGUCAUCUACAUUUGAACGUAGACCAAGUAAACGCUACUCACGGCGAACACUGCAGAUGCAGACGAGAGGUACUAACAAACAGCCAGAUCGAGAAUUAAGGCUUCACACUCCAGGGCCACAGUCUUUAAACAAAGAAGUGCUAACCCCAAUCUCUGUGACCUAUUCAAUCUGUUACCCCUGCCUACAGAAGCAAUAUCACCCUCACAAUAUUGUAUACCACAAAGAACACAAAGUAUUUGUGACAUAAAACAAUACUAAAACUGUUUCAUAAUCCUAGUGUCUAAUUUCAUAGUAAUUUGUAUUUCUGCCACAACACUUCAAAGUUUACAAAGCAAAGAGUGACACAAGGGAACGGUACAUAGUUACACAGGCUGAAAAGAGACGUGCAUGCAUCAAGUUCACCCUUUCUCACAUCUGUUUUUUGCUUUUGAUCCAAACGAAGGCAAAGAACCCAGUUUGAAGCACUUCUAAUUUUGCAACAGGCUAGGAAAAAAUAUUUCUUGACUCCAGAUGACAGUCUGAUUAAUCCUUGGAUCAAGAAGCUAUUGCCCCACAAUUUAGAAAUGAUGUCCUUAAAUAUUCUGUUUUUGCAAGUAUGCAUCCAGUUGAUGUUUAAACAUCUGUACAGACUCUGAUGGAAUCACUUCUUCAGGCAGAGAAUUCCAUAUCCUUAUUGUUCCUUCUGUAAAAAAACAAACAAAAAAAACCCCUUUCAUUUGCCUUAGACUAACUUUCAUUUCUUCCAGUCUAAACGCAUGAGCUCGUGUCCUAUGUAUAGCCCUGUUUUUUAUAAAGAGGCAAAAUUAUAUUCUCAUCUCGAGAAUUAAUGCCUCUUUUUAUACAUGACAAUACCUUAGUGGCCACUGCUGAUUGACAUUGCAUAUUGUUGCCCAGUUUGUUGUCUAUAACAAUUCCCACAUCCUUUUCAUGUGUAGUUAUCCUUAAUUCACUACCAUUCAGGGUAUAAAUUGCUAGUGCAUUCAUUACCCCAAAGUGCGUAGCUCUUUUUUUUUUUUUUAAAUUAAAUUUAAUUUAAUCUGCCAUUUGAGCGCCUAGUCCCCCAAUCUAUCUAAAUCCCUCUGCCGUAUUAAAGAAGAAUAUUUCCUGACACAUAAAAACCUAUUACAAAAAAAGGAGUUAGACCGCCAACAGACAGUUUUGUUUUUGGAUUUUUAUUCAUAUUCUGUCUAUAUUCGGAUGUUAUAGAAAUUCUACACAUUUGAUAUAAAUUAAAUAAACACCAAAUUGUAAAAUUGUGGCUUUUACAGCAAAUUGGUAAAAUUCUGUAACUCUACUUUAGUCUCUGAUUGCUAUAUUUGUUUAAAUUUUGCUCUUCAGUUUUUAUUUUACUACAAUUCAACGUUUACUGAAACCAUGGCCUUUCUUAAGAGUGACUGGGGGAGAGUUCUGAGCAGUUUAUUAAUCACACAUCUUUUUUCUUUUGUUUACAGCGCAGGCCGCAAAACUCGAACAGCCGCAGUAAGUUCUGUUAAAGUGAUGUCACAGAUUAAUAGUUAUUAGUCAUUUUAAAGUCUUUUAUCACACAAUUAGCAAGUUCCCAUUACUUGACCAGUUAGUGUUUCCAUCUCUGCAUGUAUGGGAAUAGUUCACAAAUGAUUUAUUAAUUAAUAAUAAUUAUUAGGGCCACAAAGAAAUGAUAGUAAAUAUAACUAACAUGUUUUCUUGUGUUUUACUUGCAGUACCCGUAGCGAUCCUGCAUCCCAAACCAAUGGAUCUCAGCAAGUACGUUAGAUAUAAUCUGUUCCUAUUACACAUGGGCUGAGGGUUUCCUUAUUCUCUGACAGUGAAACUGUGUCUAAUAUGUCUCCAUAUGUGGCUGAAAUCAUUGCAGAAUAAAGCAAUAGUUGGGGUUCAGGGUCUGUGUUAUUUAAGAGCCUGCUAAAACUGGUUUCAAAUGAUGCACGGCAUAUAACUCUGUGAGAAAUGUGAAUUGUGGAAGACAAGGUACUGUUUUACAUUGCAGCACUAAGUGCAAACAGGACACAGCACCCAGACCACUUCAAUGAGCUGGGUGCCUACAGUGCCCCUUUAAUGCAGAGUGUGGGCACGUCAAACUUUGGUCCUGUAAUCUUUUCAGCAUUGUAAAUAUGGGCUUUUUAAAGAAAAGGCAGAGUUUACACUGCUGAGUCUGCAGGGACGGGCUUUAGACUGCAUAAUCAUUACAUUGAGCUAUGGUGGUUCAGGUGCCUUUAAGGAACCUUCUUUAUUUCAGGCAUAUCUUCAUGAUAAUUUGGGGUUUAAAUCUAGAUUAUUUUAGGGGGGAGGGACAUUUUCCCCUUUUUAUCAGCCCCAUAUUGACCCAUUUAUUUUAUUUACCAGGUUUGGACAGGGAAGCCAACCCUUCCUGUCGUCAGCAAUAUACCUUCAGGGCCAGUGUUGGUGGAAAUCGAGAACCUUCCCAGGAGCCCCGGAGCUGGCCAUGGAGAGAAGAAAUGGUUUGUCUAUAAGAUUGUAAUAACACGCUUAUUAUCCAAAUUCUCUCCCUCCACUGGGGUUAUCAGAUCCACCCAUUGCAUUGAUAUAUUUCAAUAGCCAGCCCACCCACUGCACACCCCCAGGAAUUCAUCUGUAAUUAACAAAUUGGUUGCAAUCCUGCAGAGGGUACAGGCCAGUGUUGCCUUUUAAUAUGAAGACAGAAAGAUGGUGUAUCUGACAACAUUUACUAAAAAUACAUAUUUAAAACAUCCUUCAUAGACCUGUUUAUGUAGAAUCUUCCCGAAAUCUUAUGGUUCCUGGCAACUAACAUGAGCCUUUUUUUAUAAAUCGAAGAUUCCAGGUUUGAGUGUUAAGGCUCAGGAUGUCCCGGUUAUGGGAGAAAUCUGUCAAAAUGGAGUUUCUUUAACAUUUUGUAGAUGUGAAAGAAUAAUCCUAAUUUUAGAACAAAGUUCUCCAACUUUGCUGUUUAAAUCUGCUAUUUUGACCUACAACAUGCAUUUCCCUUGUAGCCUUUGUAUUUGGAAAUGUUUUUUUGGGGGUUUUUUUUGUCACCCCUCACACUAAACCCAUAUGAAUCCAGCAGUAAUGUGUGGCAGGUUGGUUAAAUAGAGAUUCUUGAACUAUAUUUCAGCUCAGUUCAUUUAAUUGUUUCCUUUUAUAGAAUUGUCUGGUUAUUGUGGAAUAUUAACAAGGACAAUGCAGGUUUUAGGAGACGUCUGCACUGAGAUCAUUGUUUUAAAUGUGCAUUUCUCAGUCUAGUCCGUAAAUCCUGAGUGUCCUGAGAACAGUUUUUCGGCACUUGCAAUUAUAUCCUAAAGAAUAGUAACCGCAAAAAUAAAAGUGACGGUGGCGGCCGUUUUCUUUCAGAUCACAUUUGAUGAAAAUUGUGAUUUGGUUUUAAUAAUGAUGAUAUCAAUGUAUUUAACCAGGGGAUGUUACUAUUACCCAAUUUAAUGGUACUCCUUUUAUCUACCUCGGAAGGAUUAAGGGCUGACUCAUCCCUGCACUGAUUUGAACCUACGACCAUUCAAGGGUUGAACAUAUUCUACUGAUGAUGCAUUAGCCUAAUUGGCCUUGCAUUUGCUGUAAAUAAACCAAUUAUUGGACAAAAUAAUUUUUUAAUAGGGUAGAAUAAACCACCGCCAUAUAAUAACCAAGUUCUUGAUCUGAUCUAAUUCUUAAGAAUUUUUUUAACAUUUGUCUGAGUUCUGUUAUAAAAGCAAGGUGUAUGCUACACAAAGCCAAAGCCCUGACAGUUUGGUUACAUAUUUUAUAUAUAACUGCACGUGCCGGAGUGUUAGAUUAGAUGUUAAGAUUUUCACCCUAUAAAUCAAAAAAAAGAAACUGUGUGUAAUGCAAUACAUAGGUUAAAUGUAAUGGGUUUUAUAUCAUGCUUAUUAAAAACCUAUGUGGUGAUCUCCCUGCUUGCUGCUGCGCUGCUUUUUCUUCUAAAUCAAAUGUGAUCUGAAUCAUUCUACUAUGUAAAAUAAUUUGGUGAUUUGCGUCCUCUGGUGAUGGGUUUUCCGAUUUUGGUGGCCCAGUGCUUCACUAAGUUUCAAUGAUUUAAGUCCUUCCAAUAUGGAUCUGUCCGUGUCGGUCUAGUAUCCAUAUAUUGUAUCGCUCGCACAAAAUUUUGCUUAAACUGCGCUUCUGGGAAAUCGGGGUUCACAUCUCGAAUCGUCUGGAUUCUGUUUCCUUUUCAUUCUGUGAUUAUUGACGUGCUUGGACUACACUGAAAUCAUCUUGCGGUGAUCUGCAUCAACCCCUGGAUUUCUUUCCAUUUCUGACUGUUUUUACAGUUUUGAUUUAUUUUGGGUCUUGUUAAGUAUUUCCUGCGUUCUUCUCAAACUGCCAAUUACUACUGAGUGAUUCGCUUGGCAAACUGUCACUGGGGAAUUUGCCGCGCACUGACUUUAUUUCAGCCUCGGAAAACCCCUUUUAAGGGCUCAGCAACGUGUACCGCUUCCAUCUGUGCAUGAAAAUUGUGGCCAAAUCUGCCCACACAACCAGGAGUCUGGAAAUAAAGUCUGCGCCAUCUCUGGCUCGUCAUGUGAUUAGAAAUGACUGCUUCUCUACUUUUAAUCCGUUAAACUAAUAUGCAAUGCCAAACUGGUCAAAUAUAUCUUUUUAUCUUUUUUUUCUGACUAAGCUUCCUUUUGCUACGCUUCUAAUCUUACUCCAAAUUUUACUGAAUGCAUUUUUGUAAACCGCGAAAUCGAUCGAAAUGGUCAGUGAGCAAAAUAACUUUGAUAAGUUCUGUUUGUUCCUUGUUUUUCUUCUGUGUGGGUGCCGUGACCCAUCCAUAGUAAUUAUUUUACCUUAACACAGGAAUAGUGAUGUUUCGGGGGUCACGCAGGAUGGAAAUGUGUGGAAAACGCAAAUGCCACCCUCCUCGCUGGUGGGGCACCGGAGCUUUACUCAUUUUGUGUAUGAGCAGAAUGCAAAGAAUGCUGGGAAACCUGUCGAACUUCAAAACUUUACCUCUGGGGCAACAAUGACUAAUCUGUGACGCAGAGAAAACAGAGGCCUUAACUGCUUGCUGAGUGUCAAACAAUCCCCCUUCCUCCAGUGUUUCUGGUAAACCCAGCAUGAUAAAACAAGUAUUAAUUAAGCAGACUUUGGACAUUUUAAGAUACGUUCACUGCCGGAACAAGAGUAGCAAAAGGUCCGAUUUGUAAAUUGAAUAUAAGCGAUUUCUGUUCUAAAAACGUCUCUCAAGGUCAAUAUGAAUGUCGUAGUAACAUUAACUUCUAAUAGGGUCCGUUCUGUUUCUCACCUAGAGUUCUAAACACAAAGGUUAAAAAAGUCUACCUUUUUAUCUUUAAAAGGUGCUUCUAUUUACGGAUGUCAAAGGUUGUUAAGAAUCUGUAAAUUGUUAAAAGAAAAUAUCCAUUUUAAUGUUCAAUUAAAUACCGGUAUAUGCAUUCUUAGUCUUGAUAGCUGUACUACAUUAUAAAGCUGAAAAAUAAUUUACUGUAACGCUAUCUAGGUAAGAGAAAUCAAUGCAAAUUAUCAUUUUUGAGGGGGGCAGGGGAGUAUAAAUAAUGCAACAUGUAAGAUGACACUGAGUAUUGUGACCCAUGUUCCAUCUAAGAAUAAUUAGAUGGAGUGCUUGUUGCAAUAAAGAGGAUGGCGAAUACUGCUAGCGAUCUUGGGAAUUGCAUGUUGUAGCACUUUUUUUUUACAAAGUAAAGGGACACUCCACUGCCCACAUACAAUACAGAAAUAACACAAAAUUACUGUUUAGUAGAUACACCGGCAAUAAAAAAAAAGCUUGCAUUUAAUUAUGUAUAUUUUCACUGUGGGUAUAUCUAAAAACCGCUUACAAAACCUGCAGAUUUCUUGUCUACAGUCUUAGCAAUACCUCCCCUUCUAACAGAAAAAAAUAUGAAGGUCCAAAUGGUGUACCUUAGGAUAGAGUAUAAAACACAGCUAAAGGUUUAACUCUCAACUGAAAAGAGGGACUCCACUAAAAAAUCCACUAAGUGCAAUAGACGAAAAAAAUAAAAAUAAAUAUUGGAUGAAUAAUCCAAUAUAUAUUCAGGAGUAGUAUAUACCUUUAAAUUUUAAACUGGUGUGUAGGAAUGCUGAAAUGACAUAAUAUGACUUAGAAUAGCAUAUGAAUAGAGAGUGAUACAAUUGUAUCAAUAUAGGGACAUUCUUUUUACUAUCGGAUUUAUUGCAACACAAGCAUAUUUAUAUCAUAUGUUUUAUAUAUUCUCUCUAUUCAUAUGCUAUUCUAAGUCAUAUUAUGUCAUUUCAGCAUUCCUACACACCAGUUUAAAAUUUAAAGGUAUACACCUCCCCUUCUAACCCCGCCCACACUUUCUGUGGCUGUCCAAUCACAGACUUCCCACUGCAGCUUAAUGAGAGUCUUUCCAAGACUUGUAGACAGUGCUCUGGGUAAUUGCUACCUCUUGAAUUUAGCUCCACUGAGCUAACAAAACCAGGAAGUAGCAUGGCCAGUUGUCUGACAGCCAGAGGGCGUAACCAGGUUAAAUAUUUAAAACUGCAAAAGGGGAAUGUAAGUCAGAAUUUAGACAUGGUGAAUCAUGCUCUAUAAAGAGAUUUUAAAGGUGGAUUUUAUGGUGAAUUUGUAAUGAGAGAGAGAGAGACACACACACUAGAUUUGCAGCUCCACGUCCCUCACAUCUGUAAACCUAAUUAGUCCUAUAUACACACGUAAUAAGCCUCUUAUCCCCAUUGUGGGAGGUGUGUACCACCUGGUGCAGAUCUUUCCCUGCAAGACACCCCUGUAGGAUGGCGUAUUACACCCGUGUUCAGGAAAUGGACUUGUUUUAGCCGUUCAUGGUCCUGGUAGGUGACAAACAUCUCUUCCUGGAAUUUGACUCCUGCAUACAUCACAAGAGUUGUAAAUGGAUUUAUUUUGUUCCCUCUCCUUAUUUCAAGAAAUUCUGAUUAAAAUAUAUUUUAUCUCACCCUGGCAAUCUACAAAACAAGUCAGGUUCCUAUGCGUUUUGUACCAAAGAUUUUUAUUUACUUGUUGAAUUUUAAUUUGCAGACUAAGAGCAAAACAACAGCCCUCAUUACGUGAAAACAGUCUGUGGGUAUCAAAUAAACACAAAUACAUGACUUAUAGAAUUACAUUGAAUCCAUUGUUGGCAUUUUUGGUUGUUUUGGAUUUGUGGAAUAGUUUCCAAGAAGGGUUUCCCUUUAAACUGUCAUUUUAAGCACCAUGGCAACCCUGCACUCGCUCUCAGUGCUGAGAGUGGCUGAUAACUCACACUGCUGUAAACCAGCCCCUCUGAGCUGUCAAUCAGGCAGGCUGAAUGCUCUGUUCUGACUGCCUGUAUUAUUUGUUGUGUGCAUGUAGUGUGCAUUGAUCUGCACUAGGUCCUCUGUGGAAAGAGAGCCUGCCGCAGACCAAGUGUGCAGGAAUGUGAGUGAACCUGACUGUGUAAACACCUGUAGAGAUGGUGAAGCAUUCUGUGAGCAUGGCCAGCAGCGUGGCUUCCCAGAAACUUACUUAAUUGGGCCGGCAGAUAAAACUAUCCAUCAUACACCACACAGACCGCUGAAUAGAGUGUAAAAGGCCAACCCUCCAGCUUCCUCCACCCAGUCAAACGUAGGACAAUGAUUGCGCACAAUGGCUUGUUACGGAGAAGGCUUUGACUUGACCUUUAUCCUUAAUGUUUCCACAUCCUUGACAUCAAGUCUCAGCCCAGUGAUGGAAUUUAUCAAUGCGAUUGUGUCAGUGCAGUGAGCUAUGUAUUAAAGGUCUGGAUAUCCAGCGUAUAUUACAUUUCGAGUAGUUUGUAGACAUCCUGCCAGGCCUGGAAUAUUUCUAUGAAUCUGGAAUUCUCAACCCUGCGAUGUGUGUAUUCUGUAUUCACUCUCACUCUGCACUGAUUGGCCGCUAUUUAAGCUCCCAAGUUACUGCGUCUGUUACCGGUAAGUUCUGCAGAAAACAAGUUGUUUAUUCAAUAAACCAGGAAUUGAGGCGAAUUGCAAACUGGAAAAAAAUAUAAUCCCCAUUUCAGUCAUGUUACCAUUUUGGUAAAAAAAAAAUAUAUAUUUUUUUUUCUUAUCCAUUUUGCACAAUUCCCGAUUUUUAGUGAAUCUGUGUUCUGUCUGUCUGGGGAUAUUUCUCAAAGCCAUUUUUCUGAUCUUUGUGCUACCAAUAUGAAGAAGCACCCCUUGGAGGGGUGUAAUAUGUAUCAACAUGUCCUUAUAUCACCAACUAUUAAGGUGAGCCCUAAUACCAGCGCCAUACUCAAGCACUGAGUAAUGUCAUUAGAAUUAGCUAUGAACCUGUCAUACAGCCCUACAUGGCAGUGAGUGUGAGCAAUUACUCGAGUUCUGCUUUAUUAUCUCCACAGCUUUAUCGGGUUACUUGAUAGCCAGGACUUGCUGGAGAGUGGCCUCGAUGAAGUGUUGGCCCUGCAGGUCCCUACGGGCUACGUUCCAGGUUUGGAUGCCACUGGUUUGGGAUUCUCCAACCCUUGCCUGGAGGAGGUGAAGACUGAGUUUGCGGAUUCCCCUUCAGGUAAUAAUUCCCUGCAUUGCAAUUAAAAUCAGUUUAUUGCAGAGUUACCAGGUCCUAGUGGAUUCAACCGGGAGUAAAUUUGUAGCACAGUCUCCGUGGGAUCGUCUCUUGCUUGGGACAGAGAGAGAUCCCCUUGAUCAGGACCCAAGUACCCGACAUUCUCUCCUGAGUGCAGGCAAUGCCACCCCUGACACUCACCACUAACCUGACAGACAUUCUCCCUUGAGUACAGUCAAUGCCAUCAAAAUACUCUGCUCAGUCUUCACUAGACCUUGUCAUGGAGCCGAUCCCUCUAGAAAUUGUCAGUCAGGGCACCCCCUAAAAUGACAACCAGUCACACUAUGCACCUAAAUAUUAGCAAUGAGUUGGAGAGAGACCAUUGCCGCAGUCUGUGAUUCCAUCGCUAACCAUGUCUGCUGGCUGCCACACAGCCGGACGUGCAGCACAGUUCUCGCCCUUUGUGCCCUGGGUGAGGCUAGGUUGCCAACAAGUCUAUCCACCAAGGAACGAAUAAAAUUACAUUAAAAUGCCACACUCAAUGUACUUUAAAAAAAAAAAAAAUUAUUUCAUGUGUGCUUUUUAUUUUAUUUUGUUUCAGUGUUUGACGGCGUAGCAGUAAAACUGAAUAAUCUGGAAGCCAAUGGAGCGUCAGUGUGUCCGGUACAGGCAAAUAUGAACAUCAGUGUGAAUAAGCAGGUACCAGGGACAGACCCCGCCCUGAUAACCCCCUCCUGGUCUGUUAGUUACCAAUUGCGUGCCUUUUUAAUGGUAACUCUGUAGCUAUAAUCAGUAUGGAUAAAAUCUAAUAAAAAGUAUGUGAGUAUGCCACGGCGAGCCAUGCCAUAACUAAACCAGAAGUUCCAAUUUUAUUACACAAAACAACCCUUAAAAUAUAGUAAUAAAAAUCCCCAUCUCACAGUUCAGGAAAACAUAUUUAUAGCUGGGGAAAUCCGAAAUCCGUGUAGUGAGGAGACUCCCAGAGCUGGAUUACUGGUACGUCUCUUCACUACACUGAUUUCGGAGAUCCCCAUCACUGGAAUAUGUUGUCGCUACAUAAGUAACCCAUUAGGCUAAACACCCUAUGGCCUCUUUUCCCUAGGAUGGUGCUGAGAAGCUGACCGAGAAAUGUCUUAAUAAUGCCAGAGAGAGCGCGCAGACAUCACCAGCAUGGAUCACCGCUGACAUAAAGAGCAAUAUAUUAAAGGCACAGCUGGAAGCUGGACAGCACAAGGUAAUGCUGCGUCUCCUGUGUCCGGCUUUGGAUCAAAUCACUGUAUUUAAUUGGUUGCUUGUCAUAGAAUUGUGCAGAGGCAUUGUUGUGGUAAAUGCUUAGUAGAUUUUAUCUGUGAUUUAUGUGUUUGUGUGGUAGAUCACAAGGGAUGAGCUGGUGACUGUUGACAAGAACUGUGUUGGAGACAAUCAUCUGACCAGGUAACCAAGCAACUCAAAUGCCCCUCACUUACUUCAUGCACACCUGCCCCUCCCCCUCGGGCUGCACCCCUGCCCCUCGGGCUGCCCCUCCCCCUCGGGCUGCACCCCCGCCCCUCCCCCUCGGGCUACACACCCACCCCUCCACCUGGGGCUGCACCCCCGCCCUGUCUGCACAUCUGCCCCCUCCCUUCAUGCAUGUUUGCCUGUCCCCUGACUGCAUGAAUGCCUACCCCACACCUGCCUGCCGGCUUGCCCAUCAGUCACCUACCCAAACCCUUAAUGCCUGCCCACCUCCUACUGUCCUUACCCCAGCUUGCCCGCAUACCCAUCAGUCGCCAGGUCCUCUCUUUACUUUCCCCUCACCUGCCUUUCAUUGCAGGCACUUAUUCAAUUUCUCAUCCUUUAGGAACGUAACUGUGAAAAUGAAUAACCUCUCAUUAACAAACUUAAACCAGGAAUGUGCCGAGUCGGGGGAGUCUCCAGGUUCAUGUUCUUUCCUCAUGUAGGUGUCUUCAACCCCAAUUAGGAUAUACCCCUACCUCUUAACCCUUUCAGUGACCGGGUUAAAGCAUGGGUUUAGGUAUACCAUGCCUCCAUGCUGGCUCUGAAAGGGUUAAUUGAAUAUUAAUGCACAGUUUGCAUUAAAUCUUUCAUAAUUAAUGUGCAGUCUCCAUCACUGACUGCCAAGUACAAAUUAACCACAGUCUGAUUUUAUGAACGCCAUUAUACGAAUUAUUGUAAACUCUAUACACUGUAAGCAAUAUGGGGUUACAUUAUCGGAUAAAUCAGCUUUGUAGAAAUAAUGAUCCAUUACUAUGUUGGCCAUGAUGGUGCAACAAUGACAAAUUUAAGAUAUUUUCAGUUUUUGGUCCGGUCUUUCUUCAAUCAAAUGUUAAAAAUGUUUAGCAAAAUAACAGCAAGUUUAAAGAAUAAACGAAAAAAAACGUACACUGUUUAAAAGUAAGGGUGUGUCUGUGGGUUCCACUUUGUGCCCCAUUCAUCUCAUAUCGGUACUUGUUGUUGGGGUGGUGGUGGUGUUGUUGACUUGAAAGAAUAAACGUGACACAUCCAACUUUUACUGUUUUAUUUUUUUAUUUUUUAUUAAGUCCAGAGAAAGAUGUCCCCAGAUUCGAAAGCUCUGUGAUUCCGUCUGUCUGUGUUGCAGUAGAGGAGGCUUCGGGGAUUAAGGUAGCAGCUGGAUCUAGUGUGUGUCUCUCUCUCUCUAUCUUUCAUUCUGUUCUCCUAAUGUAUGUUCAUAAGUUAACUAACUUGUUUUUACAAUAGUCUCAUAUUGAUAACUUGUAUCACUGCCUCCAUAAAAGCCUACACUCAUUGUUAUUAAUCUGCAGGACCAGGUGUAAUAGUGCUAAAGUUUUUGUCUUUCUCAGAUAGGGAAAGACAAAUUCUGAGAUAGGAUAAAGUAUGUUUGUGCACUCUGUCACUUUCCCACCGUGCAUUGUGCACAGUCAUAGUGAAUGCACACGCAGAACACAAUUUCUGCACACAGAUAUAAAUAGAAAACGCUUUAUUCAGAAAAUAAGGUUCAUUGAUUUAUCUUGUUAACGCCAUCAUUUCCGUAUUUGCAUGAAAAGUGCACUUUAAUUCUAAUCUGCCAUUUGUGUACAGUGAUGUGGUUUUGUUGUGUUGACUGUGUUCCUUCCUUUCCGGCUGUGGUUCGGGUGUUUUAUAAUAUGUGUAAUGUCUUUGUGCAGAGCGCCACGGACGAUCUUGACGUUCUCCUAGCCUCACUCACAGAGAAUCUUAUUGACCUUUCAGACAAACCUCCACAGGUAGUGCCGCACCGUCUGAGUGAAUUUAGAGAAUAUCUAUUAAAAAUCAGAACUGAAUUUGUUUUAUUCUUUCCAGGUGCCCUCAUACACCACAAUUACGCCACGCUGGAUAGUACCAGUAAGUAUGACUUUUUCAUAAAUUGAUCCCAUAUAUGUUUUAUUGCAUUGUUUAGAUAGCUAGAAGAUAAAGUGAUCUUUUUCUGAAUGUAUUUAUUUAUUUUUACAUUCCCUGCAAAUGCAUGGUUCAGUAGGUCUAAGCAGCUACAGACAGUCCCCUAUUUAACUGGGAACAUUUAAUCAGGUCUUGGUAUGCAAAACGUGGAUGAAAUUGAUCAGCCCAGGAGUCUUGCUCCAACAUCUAGAUAUUUUUUACUAUAAAAUAAACCAAAAACAUACCAUGAACCCAGCACCGGGGCAGGGAGGACUGCACAGAGGGACGGCUGAAUGCUAUAAAAUGAAGAGGAGGGAGGGAUCAAUGUCUAACUGUAAGUUAUGGGGACAGAGGGAUAGCUUCACAUCGCACAUGCGAUCUCAGCGCUGCCUACAAGUGAGGAGAUUUGUUGCAUUUAUCGGCAACACACAGUGGGUGCUGAUGACAGAUUUAUUUCUUAGCACAGAAAUAGCAUUAGGCAGUAUGGGACAGAAUUCUGGACUCCCUAAGUCACGUGCCAGUAUUGUGAAUAUCCCCUGGCACAAAGGUGCAGCUAUCUCUUUAUAGGCAGUGUUUCACAUAAAGAUUGCUUGCACCAUGAUCACUUCUAAAAGCAGACGUGGUGAUGGAGCCUGUAAUAACCAUUUAAGCAAUAUAUGCAAUAACAAGAUUAAGUGAUAGGUGGCGCUAUAACCCACACAAUAACAGCAGCAACCUUAAACGGACACUAUAGUCACCAGAACAACUACAGCUUAAUGUAGUUAUGAUGUGUAUAGUCAAUCCCUGCAGCAUUUUUGCAGUAAAUAUUGUGUUUACUGGGGCAGUGCUACACAGUGUGCAGCACUGACAUUGUGUCUCUACCCUCUGCAUCGAGACACUGAACCUUUCCUCAUAGAGUUGCAUAGAUCGAUGAAUCUCUAUGAGGAGAUGCUGAUUGGCCAGGGUGGCGUUCCUUGGGAAGCAUUGUGACCGGCUGAGAUGAUCACUUCUGGUAUCAUCGGCCAAGGAGGAAGAUCAGGGGCAGAGGCAGCACCAGCAGACUGGAAUAACUAUAAUAUAUUUAGAGGGGCCAGGAGGGCUAAAUAGUGUUUUUAAUACUAGAGUUAGGAAUACGUGUUUGUUUUCCUGACCCUGUAGUGUUCCUCUAAGUGCAAUGGCUAAGUACGUCACACACAUAAAAUAUAACAAAGGUGUUCUAGAUUUAUUUAGAAAAUGUAAAAUGAUGUGAAAAAUAUAUUAAAUGAUUGUAUUUAAUAUAUAAUAAAACACCUAUAAAAAGUGUCAUGUAACUUACAGAAUUACAGUGAGGGAAAUAAGUACUUAAUGAUUUUGAACGUUUGCUCACUGACAAAGAAAUGAUCAGUCUAUAAUUAAUUUUUUUCUUAUAUAUCUUUUUUAUUGGGUAGUACUCCAGUGCAUAAUACAUUUGCUGACGCAGCAGCUCAUUGACCAGGUACAGCAUCACCGGUUUGCAAAAUACCUCAUACAUUAUAACACGUACACUAUAACCCGUACAUUAAUACAGUGCUGACUUUUGCUUUACUUCGGCGUCGUGUUAUACUGUUGCUUAUGUGACAGCUUGUUUGAAGCAUUUUCGGCAUGGAACAUUGGUUACCUAUGCUCUCUAAGUUCGUGAGCAUACGUGGCUUAUAUCUUUUUCACGUCAUGCAACCGAGUACAGAAAGAAAAGGAGGUUAAGGGAAGGGUAACAUUCAACUUUAACUUCAACCUGUGUACCUACUUGACCUGGGCUUUGCAUGUUGUGCACACUGCUUUGGUUCCGCUACAGGACCUCUUGGUCCCCAUGACUCGUGGUCCCCCCCCCAAUCACCUUGAACUUAGAACGUUUUUAUUUAGUACCUUAUUCUACUGUUCCGUCCUAUCAGUCUAUAAUUUUAAUGGUAGGUGUAUUUUAACAGUAAGAGACAAAAAAAAAAUCCUGGAAAAUGCAUGUCAAAGUUAUAAAUUGAUUUGCAUGUUAUUUAAGAGUGAAAUAAGUAGUUGAUCCCCUAUCAAUCAGCAAGAUUUCUGGCUCCUAGGUGUCUUUUAUACAGGUAACAAGCUGAGAUUAGGAGCACUCUCCUAAAGGGAGUACUCCUAAUCUCAGCUUGUUACCUGUAUAAAAGACACCUGUCCACAAAAGCAAUCAAUCAGAUUCCAAACUCUCCAUCAUGGCCAAGACCAAAGAGCUGUCCAAGGAUGUCAGGGACAAGAUUGUAGACCUACACAAGGCUGGAAUGGGCUACAAGACCAUCGCCAAGCAGCUUGGUGAGAAGGUGACAACAGCUGGUGCGAUUAUUUGCAAAUGGAAAAAACACAAAAUAACUGUCAGUCUCCCUCGGUCUGGUGCUCCAUGCAAGAUCUCACCUCGUGGAGUUUCAAUGGUCAUGAGAACGGUGAGGAAUUAGCCCAGAACUACACAGGAGGAUCUUGUUAAUGAUCUCAAGACAGCUGGGACAAUAUUCACCAAAAAAACAAUUGGUAACACACUACGCUGUGAAGGACUGAAAUCCUGCAGCGCCCGCAAGGUCCGCCUGCUCAUGAAAGCACAUGUACAGGCCCGUCUGAAGAUUGCCAAUGAACAUCUGAAUGAUUCAGAGGAGAACUGGGUGAAAGUGUUGUGGUCAGAUGAGAUCAAAAUCGAGCUUAUUUGGCAUCAACUCAACUCGCCGUGAUUGGAGGAGGAGGAAUGCUGCCUAUGACCGCAAGAACACCAUCCCCACCGUCAAACAUGGAGAUGGAAACAUUAUGCUUCGGGGGGGGGUUCUGCUAAGGGGAACAGGACAACUGCACCACAUCAAAGGGACGAUGGACGGGGCCUUGUACCAUCACAUUUUGGGUAAGAAUCUCCUUCCCUCAGCCAGGGCAUUGUAAAUUGGGCGUGCAUGGGUAUUCCAGCAUAACAAUGACCCAAAACACACAGCCAAGGCAACAAAGGAGUGGCUCAAGAAGAGGCACCUUAAGGUCCUGGAGUGGCCUAGCCAGUCUCUCGACCUUAUUCCCAUAGAAAAUCUGUGGAGGGAGCCGAAGGUAUGAGGUGCCAAAUGUCAGCCCGAAACCUUAAUGACUUGGAAAGGAUCUGCAAAGAGGAGUGGGACAAAAUUCCUCCUGAGAUGUGUGCAAACCUGGUGGCCAACUACAAGAAACGUCUGACCUCUGUGAUUGCCAACAAGGGUUUUGCAACCAAAUCCUAAGUCGAAGGACUUUUACUCAUGGCAGCUAUGAGAAACUGGACCCAAGAUUACAUGAUUUUACAUGCAAAUCAAUUUAUAACUUUUUUGACAUGCGUUUUUCUGGAUUUAUUUUUGUUAUUCUGUCUCUCGCUGUUAAAAUACACCUACCAUUAAUAUUAUAGACGGAUCAUUUCUUUGUCACUGGGCAAACGUUCAAAAUAUGCAGGGGAUCAAAUACUUUUUUCCCUCAAUGUACUGUUGUACCACAAGCGAGACUCCAAGAAACACCAGCUUGUUGGACCCGGUGCUGCUGCAUAGGCAGUGGUUCGGCCAUUACGGAGUUGGGAACUGCAGAUAUAGGAGACCGAUUGUGUCUGUAAGCAUAGGUACUUGCUUGCGAACAAAAAAAAAGGCGCUUAUAUUAAAAAAUAAAUAAAAUAUUACUUUAAAAUAGCUGCUACCACAAAAGUGCAAGUAUCUCUCUAACGUGUACACACUAAAAUGCAGAGGGAAGACUGGGUGAGUGGCUUAACUUGACAUUAACCCCAGCAAGUUCAGUUGAGCGCUAUAAUAAGGUAUAAAAGUACCUUUAUAUAAAUAAAGGGAACGGAUGCUCCUCUCUAGCUUUCUGUCCAGUUCAUGUCAUGAUUACAUCAUUGUAUGAGCUGCCGGACUGCAUAUUAUCUCAAUAUCCACUGACCGAUCUCUGAUAUGUUGCUACUACACAAUGUGGUCCCUGUAACCCAUGUCCUUUAUUCUGUAGACUUCCACCACAUCCAAUGGACACCUGACUGGGGACACAAACCUGCCUGUUAAAGCAAUAGGCCCCUCUGGAGACACUCUCUCUGUAGAGGCUGUCGAUCCCCCAAACCCUGCUGAGGCCAACACAAGGUAAGAGGCUUUCAUUUCCCAUCAUUCAUCUUUUUUUUUUUUCAUUUUGGAUAUCUUUGACAUCAUAGUUACCAUAGUAAAAUUACUAUAACCCAAACUUCCUAGUGAUUAACAUCUCCAAUGAUUUGCUUGCCGGACAUCUCAGCAGAUUUGUUAUUUACUGAAAGCCAAAUGCCCUCAGUUCAAAUCAUCUAAAGAUAAUCUGGGGCAUUUGAGCUGCGAAUUCCAUACUUUGCAAUUCUAAGGCUUUAUUGGAAAAUCCAGACAAUAGUAAAUCUUAAGAAUUCAGCUGGCCGAACACAACCAAAUGGCUGGAACCAGGAGUGAAUAACACUCGGAUACAUUGAUUAUUAAACGGAACUGGCAGAGGUUGGUUCGACCAAAUUUGCUGGCAGACGGCUACCAAUCCUAAUGGAAUCCUUACAAUAAGCACAAGCAUGAUAGUGAACUAUCAGAGAAAGUGUUAACCGUAUAGACAGCUCCAAUAUGCCCAAUUACUUAAAACAUUUAUUACGGUUUGCUUUAUGGCUGCAUGUGCUGCCGAGGGCAGAUAUAGCUGAUUUCUAUAAGUUUCUUGCAAAAAGUGGGUAAAUUUAAUCUGCAGACUUGCUUCUGCUUAAUCCGUCAUUUAGGCUCUAAAGGCUUCAGUCCAUUGUGUUUCCGAUUAAAUUAAACAUUUUUAAUGGAAACCUAUGUCGUUGAUAUAGUCUCCUGGUAUGAACUGCGAUAAUGAGGGUAUGAGACCAAUACAUGUUUUCAUGUGAGAAUUGGGGGCCCAGAGAAUGAGGUUUUAUACAGAGCUCAGUCUGCCAUUCCCUACCACCCUUAGCACUAAGAACUGCUGGCAGACCCACCAUGUCAUCCUGGACACAUAGAAUAUCCUCCUGCUGAUGGUAAUUAAAUGAAUAAUGCUGCCAUGCAGAAUGUACAAUCCAAUGCUAAAUAUGUGUACCUCUCUCGUGUUCCCUUCAAGCACUGUGAUUUGUGAAGAGCUGAUCAGGCCGAAAUGUCUGCUCACCACUGAACUAUGAAACUGCUUCUGCCUUCCUGGGAAUCACUGGAAUUCACUAAAUAAUGGGAUCCUGGGAGCGAGGUUGGAUUGCUCUUAGCCAGUCCUGUUGGUAACAGGACUGACUGUAUUAGUAGGUUCACGAUUAUAUUUUCUACACUGGAAGAUUUUCUUUUCUACCGAUACCUGAACUGUGAUGGUUUUAACGGGACAGACCCAUCCCAAAACAUUCCAUGUUAAUCUAAAAGACAAUUACAGUGUGACUCCUUAGCUAAACGACUGCCUUAAACAUUACUCGAUUAUUGUACAAUUAUGCGUCAGAUUUUAAAGUGUAAUUAUAGGAUUUAGUACAGUUAAUGUUUAACAGAUGACAACAAGGAUUUUACUCCUAUGGCUGCAGUUAAUUGCUUACAACUAUCCUGUGCUGGCAAAGUUUUCUCCUUAAAGGUGAUACUGUUUAAUAUUUGCUGUGUAAUCCUCAUAAUCUUUCUGAUCUGAUCCCUUUAAAUACAAAUUGAAGAUUCUUCAUCAAAAAUAUGAGAGAACACGUUCUGCAGCCAUUAUUUUUAAAAUAUUGGAAGUUUAAAAAUUUCCUUUUGUUAACAUUUGUUUCUUUUGUUAGUUAAAAAGUUGAGUUUUAAAAAUGUUUCAAUAAUGAUUGUAUCCUUGGCAGCUAAUACCAUGGGCAGGAUUCUGUAUCGAGGCCUCUGCAGGGGUCACAGGUAGAGCCAGCCAUGCAACAAUUUGUACAAUUUCCAUUUAUCACUGCCAUUUCCAGCAGCUGAGCCGCGUAGCACAGGACUGGCUGCUGCUGUAAGUGCGAGGUUAGUGUGUGGUUGUGUCCCAGCUGACUUGUGGUAAUUUAAAUAAUCGGUCUCUUGGGUCCAGUUUCUCAUAGCUGCCAUGUUCUCCUUUGGCAUCUGCUAUAUGUACCACUACCUCUCAUCUCCUGUACUCGUAUAUAGGUGUCUCAGUACAGUGUGCAUUGUACGGUCUGCGGUACGAAGGAUACAUAGGGUGGGUUAAGGUUUAUAAAAUAUUCCAGCUCUGAGAGACCUAGAAGUCACACGGGUGACAUUUUAAUGUGUUCCCUUACAGCCAUGUGUUUUAAUAUGGGUAUUGAAUGUGACUACACAGCUGCGGUAACUCAGGUAGGGCGAUGGAGAUCGUGGUUAGGGACAGAAUUCCCCAAAUCCUCCUAAGUUAACUUGCACCAUGCUUCCACCUACACAGGGUUUCAUUAACUAGUUAUUUCAGGUUAUAUCGGUCAGUUCCUUCUAGUUACUGACAAGUAAAUGAAAUGACAGAGUACCAAUUUUAAGAGUGCACGAUAUACUGUAACAAAUUGCUGGUUUAUACGUCAAUUACCAUGCAGUGUCAAUAACAUACAGCCUAGGGAUGCACCAGACACUUUGUACUAGGGAGCAAUGCGGCCCCCCAUCAGUCCUGUCACUGUUAAAGGUCAGCCCCCCUACCACAAAGGAUCUCAUAGCCAAACCACCCUUCACAAUGCACAUAAACCGUUAAUAUGACUUGAAAAGGAGGUUUUGGGUUUGAAUUCAAAUGAAUUUUGGGGUGUAAAAAUGUAAGUUUCUUGCGUUCGAGUUGAACUGCAACUCUAAUAACCAGCAGUUGGGGUGGUGGGUUUCUAUUAAACACCCCUGAAAAAAAGUUUAGUUGGCUUUACAGGAGACAGUUUGUCGCGUAUUUCGUACUUCGGAAGAAGGGGCUCUACAGUUACUGAUUCACGGACAGCAAACACAGCAGGAGAAAGCUAGGAGCAUACAACGGUACUUAUUUACAAAUCGUGGAGUUCUGGAAAAUUUGGCAGGGUCCUGUGUUUUUAGGUGAGAGUAGCCAGGCCAAAAAAAGCUAAAUUGGGGAAGUUUUUGAAUUGAAUAAUUCCUUGGUAAAUUCCUCAUAACUCUUGCGGUGGUGAAUGAACGAAGUGGUAAUGCCCACAACAAACCAUGAGGUCUAAAAAUGUCUGGGUUACUCCCUAAACGGAACUUCUGGGAAAUCAAAUCUAAUUUAAAGUGACUUUUAACAUUGUAGCACAAAUAACUAAAUUGGAGCAAUUCUCACAAUUCCAUGGUUUCUGUUCAGCUACUUUUGGCCUAAAAUUCUACACAAAUUUCCAACAAUUCCCUUUUUAGUGAAUAAACUGUAUGUUGGACAUACUGAGUUUUACGCUAAGAUACCAGCACUGCAUAUUCACUGCCUCCACAAUUCUUCCAUGAUGAUAUGUUUUUAUGUCAUAAUACACCACUGUUCCCUGUACGCUAAUAUUGUUUAACCUCAGAACCUGUUUGUAUUUAAAGACACAGGUUGUACAAUGUAUCCUUAAAUCUGAAUAUAAUAUAUAUUUUAGCUCAUUUUUUUACUUGUGUAACACUAAAUGUUGGGUUUCUUGUAUUUGCUAUGUAAAGCAUUGCUGUAGACGAAAUGUAAGUUAUUUUUUAUUGCGUACACGAUUAGCCGCACUGAGAUUUUUGCUUUGUACACACUGUGAAUUAAUUCCUGCUCUGAAAUACAUAAAGAAACCACUUAUGUCUGUCUUGCUCUCAUUUUCCACAUUAUCUAUCUAGAAUUUUCAUAUUUCACCGGAAAUCAGUGUAAAUCACAAAAUACAUCUCGUUAUAAACAUGCAGUCAUGAUGGUGAUUAAUGAAACUGGUGUCUUUAAAUUGAGUGUUAUCACGGGGUUUUUUUUUGUUUGUUUUUGUAAUAAAUUUCCCUGCCAGGGCUGUAAAACGUCUCUGAUCUAUUGAACAAAUCCUCAUUGUCGUUCCAACAGGUUAUAGAAGAUGUUUAUUAAAUAUUCAGUAAAUGAACUGCUGGCAGGGGGAGCAGCCAUAAAAUGCACAUUUAUCAUUAAUAAAAUUUAACCCCUUAAGGACUUGUAACCGCAUAUAUCAAAACGACUGUUUAGCCAAGCGCCCUGCUCAGUCACAGAGCGCAUAUCUCUACAGAGCUGCUAAUCUGAAAUGGCAUAAUGGAACCGGUCGUUACAGCACGGAACAUUCUGGUUCAUCAAAGUGUUACAAUGCGGAUACAUUUAACCCCUUCAGGGCAUGUGAUUACACCCUUCAUAUUGUGACACUCUGCGGUGAAUAGCUUAAUGUGGCCCAUUUUUUAUUUUAUUUUUUUUCCUCUCCCAGUUUUCAUUUUAUUGGGCCCAAUGUUUCUAUUUCCUUCCGUGGCACUUCCUUCCUUGAUCUCCAUGCCUGGGGGCUGACUUUUUUUUUCUCUCCUCUGAUUCUGGUUGUUUCUGUUUGUGGGAUUCUUUUGUCUGAUGCAUUGUGGGUAAACUACCAUUAAGCAGUAAAAAUGCCAAAUAUCACCUUCCCUGUAAAGAGUCCGUACUUUAUGCAUAACAAAAAGAUUGUAAAAAAAUAAUAAAAAUAGGGGAUGGGCAAAAGAGGGAUAAGGGGGGUGACAACACUCUGUGAAGUGACAUUCACACUGAGUUUAAAUGUUCAUGCAUGGUAUAUAUAUUCUGGAAGCGUCCUUGGCACAGCAUGUCUAUCUGGCUACCUGGUGUGUGUCGGACUUGUUAAAAGACUGGGAAUUAAAGUUUUAUUCUCCUGUGUAAAAUAAAACCAGAUUUGGGAAACCUGUCUGACUAGUGACGUUACAAUACACCACAUUCUCC